AUGAAUCAAUAUCGGGUGGUUUUAUCGCUUCUUUCACAGAAAAGUGCGCAGUUACGUGGAAUAACAGACAUUGACUUGGAUUUUAUCGGCUUAAUUAGUAAAAUGUCACCGGGAUCGAUGCUUGUAGGAGAUGUCUUUCAUCCAAAGAUACUUCUGCAAAACUUGGUGAUAGAGUACGAUCUGGCGUAUCCUAUUUCGUGCUAUGUAAAUGCGCUGCUUGUUGUUCUUCCGUUCCUGAAAAUAAAAAUUGUUCUGAGAGGAACAACAAAUCUUUGCUCAAAGAGCUUGGUUGGUGAGGAAACGGAGACAGAAACGGAUAAAAAGUGCGAUGGAAGGAAAAAGGAAGGAACUAAGCACAAGGAAGCAAUAGAUGGAAAACAAUUAAACCGAAAAACGUGCCGAAACAGUAGUAGUGUGAAGAAUGUGCGAACUACUGUACCAGAGGUAGGUUUUGAUGAAGAUUUAGCGAAGAAAUGCGAGAACUUUGACAGAAGCAUCGACUCAUUGCCGAUAAAACUGGAUGUGAUGAAAUUAUUUGGAGCUGAAAUAAAGCACAAGAUUCUUAAGAGAGGGUUUAACAGUUCAAGAGGUAGGUUAGAACUAGUCAACGAGCAAGCAUUGGAAAGAUUGAAGAGUGUAAAGCAGACGGACACGGGUCGUAAAAGAAUAAAUACGCUUAUUGUCGCAUCGCAUCUGAGCGAUUUUUUGCCUAAAAGCAUUAGAUCGCAGGUUAAGGAGAACAUACCGGAUGCACGGAUAGAUAUUGAUAGAAAUAAGGACAGUGAAACGGUUGGUCUACAAGUCAUGAUGUACUGCAAGUAUUUUUAUUACGAGACGUACGAGAUUGAUCAUAGCGAAAAAUGGUGCGAAGAAAUGAUGAAAUAUAUUUUUGAACGUAUAAUAUCUGAUGAUGUGUUCGACGGCAAGCUAACAGAUCUUAUAUUUGUGUGCAUGAGUUUAGCAACUGGUGUAUCACAGGCCAAAAUACACGGAUUUGACUCGAUUGCGAACCUGGUUAAAACUUUUUAUCCAGUUGAAGUGCUGGAGAAGGAUGGAGUUGUUAACGUAAUGGGUGUUGAUUACUGUAAUGUUUGGCAAUAAAUUGCGGAUGUCGAUGCUUUUCAUUGAUAAAUGUGGAAUGAGCUAACUUAGUUAAAAGGCUGGUGAUACUCUCGUACAAAAAAAUAGUUAAAUUUUACCUUUUUAAGACCA